CAAGGAGAAAGUAAUACUAAAGAACUCCGCAAUGCUUCAGCAACGUGGAUUUUGCCAUUCGGCCUUUGUUCCGUCAAGAAAAUCAGGGCAUGAACUCGCAAGUCGCAACUUCCUCCAACCAAGCGAUUGCCGUCCAGGUGCGCGCUCCUGCAUACCUAGGUAGAGCCAACGAUCGGUUUCUCACUCUUCCAUCAGACAUUCAUUAAAUUAGAUCAUCACCAUAAGCAUUAUUCCAGUAUGCAAUAUGCCUUCUGAAAGAGCGCAAUCGCCUUCAUCACCCGCCGGUGUACCUCCUCCACCAUCGCGAGGCAUCCAAAAAAAGAAAACAGCGCAAUCGCUCUUUACGAUAUUCGCUCCCAAAUCGAGCCCUUUUCAGUUCACCACCUCCGAGGAAUACCACUCCCGCCUUCUCGUACACGGGGCACACAAUUGGACCAAUCCCCGCCGCAAUGCCGAACCUACCAAGCUUCGCCAGCCGAGCUCCCGCCCCCCCAGACCGGCGAGUCGAUGUGAACUAGCGACAAAACACCACACGCAUUCUCGGCCCCCUGGCUCAACAUGGAUGGCACAACGUGUCAAUGAUGAUACGCUGGUGCUUAUAUUGUGUUCAGGUACACCUUCGGCAGAGCCUCAUGGUGAGGAUCUUGAAGUAUUCAAACGAUGGCGGAAGGAGGAAGAGGAUAUAUUGGGGGAGAUACACAAGCUGGGAGGCUUUGAAGGUUUUAGGUAUGGGCAGCAAGGCAAUCGUCCUCUAGGGGAGAGAUCAGAGAGGGUUGGCAACAGUACCAGGAAUCCGUAUGAGACAGAGGAGAAUAUAUUGGAGGAGAUACACGAACUGGGAAGGUUCGAAGACUUUGGGUAUGGGCAGCAAACUAAUCGUCCCCAAGAAGAGAGAUCCGAGAUGGUUGGUAACAGUACCAGGGAUCCGGAUGAGACAGCAGAGGAUGAAAAAGAUGAGUAGCAUUAGUUAACAGAAUAUGCCAUGACUAUGCCCGGUUUUGUAUCACUAGAACUUAAAAACUGUAGACCGAUCCUUAGUGACAAAAAUACCUAGUAAAAUGGCAUAAGCUUAGGCAAGUUCGGUAUAGAUUUAGUGGAACUUUGAACCAGUGCUUUUUGGCACCUCAAUUCACGGGCAGAAGUUUUCUUGCUCCCUGGGGGAGACAAAGAGCAAACUCAACAUAGUAAACGAUCCGAACUUACCCAAAUGUUUCUGCUCACUAAGAUCAAGAUCGAGGCCAAUUACCAGAACUUACAGUCUAACGCUGAAGCUACCACCGAAUGGUGAAAUGAGAGCACUCCAUACUUUUACCCCAGAUCUUACCCUUGUCCCGACGAACCUAAGGGGAGAUUCAAGAGCGGUGAUUCGAGAAUGAUUGCCGACCAAAAUUUCCGGGGUAAGAUAAAACGGCACCGAGGCGCUAGACCCCGGAUGAAAAAGAAGCGCCGUCUUCAGGACGGGCUGUUCUAGAAUUUCCAUGGCUUGCGAUCUGUGUGUAUGUUUUGGAGGCUGAUAACCGAGUGAUGCCGAUGGUGGUCUGUGCUCAUCUCGGCCGGGCGGAAGAUGGGGCGCAUGGUUUUUUGGAGAAGAUGGCGGGGAUCCACAAUGCGGGCUCGGAGGUGAUGAGCGGCGGAAGAGCCGGUGUACAAUUACAGUUGUAAAGCUCACCGGAAAAGUAUUUCACAUAAUGGAGUUGAAUAGAGAUAUCAUCA